AUGAUAUCGUCAAACCCACUCAGAUGUCUUCUAUGUGCACUACUUUUGUGUUUAUCUUCAGUUAUUGUAUUCACCACCAUCACCAAAAACUUCAGCAAUAACUGUACCAUUCUUAACCCACCGAACACCAAUACCCUUCCGUUAACAGAGUACAAGGACGAUGAAAACGACGAAAUGGAGAAAGAGAUGCUUCGAGUGGCUUCACGCAUCAAACAAAACCGCUCAUCGACUAACCCUAAGAAACUAGCUUUUAUGUUCCUCACAACAUCGACCCUCCCAUUUGCACCCUUAUGGGAAUCCUUCUUUAGCAAAGCCCCGAAAACCCAUUUCACCAUCUACGUUCACCUGGACCCCACCAUCUCCACGUGGACCCCACACUACUCGAGUGUUUUUCAUAAUCGCCUCAUCAUUCCCAAACGCACAGCUAGACAUUCCCCCGCACUCGCUGCAGCAGCGCGUAGGCUACUCGCGAGUGCCCUUGUGGAUGAUCGUGAUAAUUACAUGUUCAUACUUCUCUCUAGUUCGUGCAUUCCUCUACACUCUUUGUAA